AUGAGAAAUCACACAGCAAUAACAACAUUCAUCUUGUUGGGACUUACAGAGGACCCCCAACUGCAAGUUUUCCUUUUUAUCUUCCUAUUUCUCACCUAUGUGCUGAGUAUUACUGGAAAUCUGACCAUUAUUAUUCUGACAUUCAUGGACUCUCAUCUUAAAACGCCUAUGUAUUUUUUUCUUCGAAACUUCUCCAUCUUAGAAAUAUCAUUCACCACAGUAUGUAUUCCCAGAUUCCUGUACAGUAUAUCAGCAGGAGACAGAACCAUUACUUAUAAUGCUUGUGCUAGUCAAAUAUUUUUUAUUGGGCUUUUUGGGGCCACAGAAUUUUUGCUCCUGGCAGCCAUGUCCUAUGACUGCUUUGUGGCCAUCUGCAAACCCCUUCAUUAUGUGACCAUCAUGAACAACAAAGUCUGUACCAUCCUCAUUCUCUGUUGCUGGAUCUGUGGACUGAUGAUCAUCAUCACACCCCUUGGUAUGGGCCUCCAGUUGGAAUUCUGUGACUCCAAUGCUAUUGAUCAUUUUGGCUGUGAUGCAUCUCCUCUUUUUAAGAUUUCAUGCUCAGAUACUUGGUUUAUAGAACAGAUGGUUAUAAUCUGCGCAGUGUUGACGUUCAUUAUUACUCUGAUAGGUGUCAUUCUUUCCUACACAUUUAUCAUCAGGACAAUUCUAAGAUUUCCUUCUGCUUCUCAAAGGAAAAAAGCUUUCUCUACCAGUUCUUCUCACAUGAUUGUUGUUAUCAUCUCAUAUGGCAGCUGUAUUUUCAUCUACGUCAAGCCUUCAGCCAAAGAAGAAGUGGACAUCAAUAAAGAAGUAUCAGUGCUCACCACAUCUGUUGCCCCUUUGUUGAACCCUUUUGUUUAUACUUUGAGGAACAAGCAAGUGAAACAAGCUUUCAGUGACACAAUCAAAAAAAUUGCACUUAUUUUACACAAGUAA